UAGUAUUAUUGCUUGCUGUUGUUAUCCAGACAAAAAAUUCAGCUUCAGAUAGAAUAUUCAGAGAUCCUGCACUAAUUAACAGAAUACCAUUGGAUCUAAGAAAUAAAAUUGAUCUAAUUGUUGCCAACAAACUUGAUGAAUUAACUUUAACCCAUUUUAAAAAUGAUGAAGCCAAAAUUUUAAAUACAAAUAUAUUGCAUGAAAGUUCAAGUUUGGUUAGAGAAAGAAGACAAGUUGACUCUACAAAUGUUUACAGUCAAUGGGGAGAAUAUUCACCAUGUAGUGCAAAAUGUGGAGGUGGAUUAAAAACUCGUACAAGAGUAUGUCUCCAAGGAAAUUGUGCUUUAAAUACCACAUUAACUGAAUCUCUGGAAUGUGGUAAUUUACCAUGUGUGACUGGCACUUUUAUAUUGGAUAGCAUAAGUCCAUAUUCAAAUUUGAUUGUUUCUGGGUUUAAGUAUGCUAAAUUUUUCCAAUUAUAUGGUGUAUCAAUGGUUGGUUUUAUCACAGAAGAAAAUUUAUAUGUUAUGAAUUGGGAUCAAACAAGCGCAACCUUUCUUACUAAACAAACUAUUCCUGUAUCUGGUGGAGUUGCAUUUGAUUUGUUUAUAACUUCUCAACUGAGUUAUCUAGUUGUUCUAGAAAAAUCACCAAAUGUUUUCCCAGGAACUUUUUCCAAAAUCUAUAUAUUCAAUCCAUUUACAAGUGAAUUUGAUGUCACUCAGCCAUUAACGUUUGAUGUUUGGGAUCCAUCAGCUUUGGCUACUUUUAAUGUAUAUGGUACCCCUUUUUUGGUUGUUGUCAACUACCAAGACAGAUUGUCAAUAGACAAUGGUCACGAAAAAGAAGUUGUAAUUUGUGAUGGUGCAACAAAAGUUAUAACAUGUCCUCCAGGGUUUACAAUAUCAGUUGCAAGCGCCACCUAUGGUCGUACAAAUCAGCAAUCUUGUGCCUCUGAUUUGUCAUUUAUGCUUAUGGACACUUAUUAUUCAUACUGUGUUGUUGCUGGAAUCAACUAUAUUGUUGGAAAGAUUUGUAAUAACCAAGAAUCUUGUUCUUUAACUGCUACUCCUAGUCAAUUAGCUCCUGAUGACCCAUGUAUUCAAAUAAAAAAAUAUUUAACAGUGCUUUAUACUUGUAAUCGAAUUUCAUAUAUAACUAAACCUACUUUUUAUAAAUGGGAUGGAGUUGGAUUAUCAUUGACACCUGGUGAAAACCUGUUCACUGCAGGGGCUCUUGAUAUUGAAGCUUUUACAAUCCACAAUAUCCAAUAUAUUGCUGUUGCAAAUUUCAUAAAUGACCAGAGUAUUAACCAUCUUGAUUCUGAAGUAUAUAUUUACAAUCUGUUUACUUCCAGGUUUCAAAGCUUUCAAAAGUUGAGAACUGAUGGUGCUGUUGAUUGGGAAUUUUUUAGUAUUGGAGAAGGAGUAUCAACUGAAUUUUUUCUUGCUGUAGCUAAUUUUGUAAAAGUUUUACCUAAUGGACAAAAAAAAUAUGAUAUUGAUUCAGUUAUCUAUAAAUGGAGUUGGAACUUAUUUGUUCCUUUUCAAUGUGUUAAAACCUAUGGUGCUAAGAAAUGGACAGCUAUUAAAGGUAAAAAUGGAGAGUUUGUUCUAUCAAUUGCAAAUCUUUAUGGAAAUAUUACAUUUUACAAUUAUGAUGGGUGGCGAUUUUAUCCAUCUAGGGUUCAACCUGAAGGUAGAAUCUUCCAAAAUGUUGAAGCAGUUUAUCAAUCUACCUCAGAUCACACAAUUUUUCUAGUAAAAAAUAAUGUGCAAGAAAACCUUACUGUAAGUAAUAUAUAUCAAACUACUUUUAUGCAGACAUUUCCAAAAUACGAUUUACUUGAGAAUACUAUACAAGCUGUGCAAAAAAUGAAUCAAUCUCUAUACUAUGAGUUCUUACCCCAAGUAGAAGCAUUUAAUGCAAGUUUUAAUUUAGCAAAAGAUACUUUUAUACAUAUUGAUAGAGACAUAAAUCUUACAGGUUCUAAAACAUUUACCAACAUGACAUUUAUUUCUGGGGUAUUGUUUGAUACUGUCACUGUUGAUAGCAUUGUUUUAUCACCCAUAAAUAAACUUAUUCUAAACAUGGAAGUUGAUUUAAAAAAUCUUAUUGACAUCCAAUCAGAAAAUAUUACAGCGCUUAACACUCUUUUAAAUCAAGUUGUCACAAAAUCUACUGAUCAAACAAUAGUUGGACAAAAAAGUUUUUCAACUGUUACUGUUAGUAAAUUAACUGUUGAAAAUGAUAUUAACAUUAAUGGAUUAAUCAACAACAUUGAUUUAUCAGAAAAAAAUUCCCAGUUACUAUUUGUUGAUAUGAAUGCAACUUUACUGAAUGAUAUUUUAUUUGCAAAUGAUGUUAUAAUAAACUCCAAUAUAAAUUCAAAAUUUAUCAAUAAUAUAUCUACAUCUGAUCUAAUAGCAAUUGACAGGUCUGAUGAAAUUCAUGGUGAGAAAACUUUUUUAGUUGAUAUUGAAUUUUCAUCUGAUGAAAAUGCAGGUUUAGUAGUGGAAGGUUUAAUUAAUGGAAUAAAUUUGACAAAUGCUUUAACCACUCAAUCAAAUCAAACAAUUACAAGCUCAUAUGUAAUAGAUGGAAUAACAACAUUUUACGCUGAUAUAAAUGUUCAAGGUAAUGUAAACAAUAUUGAUCUUUCUAAUGUAGCUGCUGAUACACUUUUUAUAAAUAAAGUUGAUCAACUAAUAACUUCACAAAAAACCUUUGAUGCAAUCAAAAUAAAUGGCGAUUUAAUAAUGAAUGAUGGAGCUGAAAUUAAUGGUGUUGAUAUAUCGGAGCUCUGGAAAUUCAGUCAGUCAGUUAAAAAUUUUGAGAACCUUGAAACAGUUGUAUUUUAUCAUAAUGUUUCAUUUGGUAAUGUGUAUCUUCAUGGUAAAUUAAAUGGAAGAAAUUUGUCUGACAUUUUAUAUACUUACUUACCAUCUACAGUUAGUGGUAAAAUAUCAUUUUUAGAAAAUGUUUAUUUGCAAAAAAAUAUUGUUGUUGAUGGGAAGGUUAAUGGAAUUGAUAUAUCCGGUAAUGUUCUCAAAACAAAUGGUGUUCAGACAAUCAAUGGUAAAAAAGAAUUUCAAUCAGGUAUCUUAGUAUUGGGAGAUUUAAUAUCAAAUGGUUUAGUUGAUAACAUCAACAUAUCAGAAGCCUUUGAGAACACUAUGUUAAAUGGUGUUGAACAAAAUGUUAAAGGUUAUAUGGAGUUUGAUACUUUAAGUGCAACAUCAAUUCAACUUAAUCAAUGUGAAUAUGACUGCCUUUUAUUAAAUAUUCUACAAAAUAUUAGUUCUAAUACAGUUCGCCAUAGUAGUAGUCCUCAAAUUAUAAAAGGCAGUGUUAUCUUUGUGACCGAUUUAAAUAUAUCUAAAAAUGCUACUGUUAAAGGCUAUAUUAAUGGUGUACAUUUACCUGAUGAUCUUCUGAUUCAAGGAAAGGAUCAAAUUGUAUCAGGUCUAAGCCACUUUUUAAGUAACAUUACUGUUGCAGGUAAUGCAACAGUUAAAACAAUAAAUUUUGUGAAUAUUUCUGAUUUGUUUAAAAAUGCAUUGCGUAAGUCUGGAGAGCAAGAUGUUACAGGAAUAAAAACAUUUAUUGAUACAGUUUCAUUUAGUUCAACAGUUGAUAACACUGGUACUAUUGAUGGGGUUUACACAAAUAAUUUAGUUCUAUCUGAAGUUGACCAAAUAGUAAAUGGUUCUAAAACAUUUACAGCUGAAACGAGUAUUGACACUUUGAAUGUUGGCAGUAUUAUUGUUGAUGGUUUUAUUGAUGGCGUAAACUUGACUUUUCUUCACUCAGAGUUAGUAAACUUGAGUGCCAGCCAAAUUAUUAAGGGCACAAAAAUAUUUGAGUCACAUGUUUCUUUUAAUGGAAAUUUUACAAUAGAUGGUUUAAUUGAUGGUGUUAAUCUUACAGAUCUUGCAGCAAAUGCUAUGAGAAUUAGUGGAAAUCAAGUUGUUACAGGAGUCAAGACCUUCAACAAUGAAGUUAAUGUGAACAAUAUUAUGACUGUGUCAGGUCUUGUUGAUAAUGUAAAUCUUGAAAAUUUUGUUCAUGAAGCAGUUUAUAUUAAUGAUAAUAUGACAUUAGAUAAAGAAUUAAUGUUAAAAAACAUUUCUCUAACUGGUAACUUAAUUUUGAAUGGUUUAUACAAUGAUUGUAACCUGACUGAAUUAUUCAGAGACACUUUAAUGUCUAUUGGAGAUCAAGUUGUUACAGGAAACAUUACAAUAGAACAGUUGAUAUCUAGAAAUAUGUCAGGUGAAGUUAAUGAUCUGGAUUUUAAAAAUGAAGUUGUCUUUUUAGAUGAACAGACAAAUAUUACUGGAUCGAAGAUUUUUUUAAAUACUGUUUUAUUUAAUAGCUUGAAUGUUUCCAAUACUAUAAAUGGAGUUAUACUACGUGAGUUUGCCAACAAUGGUCUUUACUUAAAUCAAGAUGCAAACAUUACUGGUCAACUGAAGUUUACUGAAAGUGUAAACAUAUAUGGUGACUUAAAUAUUCAGGGUUUGCUGAAUGGAAUUAAUAUUUUUGAACUCUACAGAACAACACUUAAAAAAAAUAGUGAUCAAAAUGUUUCAGUUAAAACACAUUUUAGUAAUGCUAUAUUUUUGAACAAUGUUUAUGCAGGUAUAUUGCUUGAUAACAUUGACAUUGUUUCUUUAAAUGAAAAUGCUGUAUACAAAUGCUUAGGACCAAAUAAAGUAGUUCAGAAUUCUAUAAAUUUUACAACAAUCAAGUCUCAAGAAAGUGUAGUAUGCAAAAACCUUAACCUUCAAGGAAAUUUAAAUGGAAUUAAUAUUAAUCAGCUUAAUGAUGAAAUAGUGACUUUAUAUGGCAACCAUACAAUUACUGGUUCCAUUGAAUUUAUAGGAGAUGUAAAUGCAGUAAAUGUUACAACACGUUCAGUCAAUGGUUUCUUGGUUCCAGAAGAUUUUGUUUUGCUUAAUCAUAACCAAACUAUAAAUGGCUACAAAAUAAUAGCAGAUGAUGUUUUUGUAUAUGGUGACUUCAAUAUAGAAAAGUUUAAAAAUAUAAACAGUAUUGAUUUUUCUGAAUUUGCUCAAAGCAUUGUUACUUUAGAUGGCAAUGAAACAAUAAAUUCAGAAGUAGAGUUUGAGGAAAAUAUUAUAAUUACAAGUAACCUUAAUACUUCGACAAUUAAUUCUGUAGAAAUCAACAGUAUUAACCUGAUGGUUCAGAACCAAGACCAAGUAGUUAGUGGCAAAAAAGUAUUUACAAACAUCUCUGUUGAAAAAGAAAUUAUUAGUCAAAAUUUAAAUAAUGGGCUAAACUUUUCGUUAAUGAAUGAAGAAAUAGUUUUAUCUGGAAGAAGGAAUCAGAUUAUUGGAAGUAAAACCCUUCAUGGCAAUGUCACUAUUCAGGGUAACUUGGUAACAAACUUGAUUAACGGAAUAAAUAUCACCAAUCUUUUUAGUGGUUAUAAUAAAAUUGCUCUUCUUGAAGUGAGUUUAAACAUGUUUAACAAAUCAAUUAUUUCCCAACAAAUUAUGACUUCAGAACUAGUUAGCUCUGUUAAAAAUGUGCAAAAAAAUUUGGAAUAUUUUACAGAAUUGGAUCAAAUUCGAUUAGCCUAUAUGUCUGUUUCUAUCGCAUUUUUUGUAGAGAAUGGUGAUGUUUAUUUAGUGGCAGGAGCACUUAAUGAUGUAGAUCAAAAGACUUGCAUCAAUUCCAGUGUAUUUAUAAUGUCAAAAGAAACAAAGAAAUUUUCAAAAAAAUAUGAGAUAUUGACAAAUGCAAUAACCGAUAUUUAUAUAGUCAAUUCCAAUGAAGGUUCUUUAAUGUUUACAUCUUCAAAUAAACCUGAUAAAUGUUUGCAGACCUCUUACUUUAAUAGGUUUUACACAUUAACAUCAAAAAAUGCAAAGUUAGAAAAUACAUUUGGAAUGUAUCCCUCAACUAAUUUUGAUAUUAGCAUAUCUAAUGGAAGUUUCACAAUGCUUUCAACCAGUUCUUACAAUACAUCAACUAUGUCUCCCUGUGUAGGUCAACAAUUUUUUGUUAAUGAAAGCAUUACAAUAUCAAUACCUAGUUGCAAUGCUGUCAAAUCUAUUAUUUUAUCUUCUAACACAAUCUAUACUGUUGCUAUUCUAAGUGAAAGUUUGUAUGGUGGAAGUUUAGCAAUUUAUGAUAUUUUUGAAGAUUCUAGUUUUAUUUUAAGACAAAAUAUUUCUACUGAUUAUGCGGAAGAUGUUAUCCAAUUUACAACAUCUGAGGGUGAUUUCAUUGCUAUUGCUAACAGCUAUGACUCAAGUAGCUCUGCUAUAGAAAUGUCAUAUACUGUUCCUGUUACAGUGUUAAAAUUAUCAUCUAACGGGCUAUACGCUUUUUAUCAAAACAUAUACGUCGCCGGAGCAAUGAAGUUGCGGUAUUUUGAAUCUGGUGUUUACAGUUAUCUUGCUGUUGCUUCGUUUAAUCAACAAAUUGUUAUACUAAAACAUAACGGUUUCGCGAAAUGGAAUGUUGAAUUCACCAUUCCAGUGCAAGGCUAUAAUAGUAUCAAGGAUAUGGUAUUUUGGAAUGUUGGUGAUGAACUUUUUGCCGCUUUUCUAGCUAAUAAUUUAUGGGAUAGCGCCUAUCCUUCCGUUAUAAAAAUUGUACAAGCCAAUUAUAGUUCAGAUGUAGACGGGUCCAUGUUUGUAUAAGUUAAAAUAAACAAUUAUGAUCAAUUUAUGAACAAAAAAAAUUUUAAGACGUUAA